AUGAAGUUCAGCUCUCUCCUCACAGGAGCCCUCAUGAUGGGCUCCGCAAUCGCUGGGGCCAUCACCAACACCGAUGCUGUCCCAGCCGACUCCUCUGCUUCGCUCGACAAGGUGGUUCUGCCGAUCACCACCGCCAACUCGCGCGGCGCAUCCGCCAUCGAACCCAAAGUCAUCACCAAGGUCAUCAUGGACAAGGCCAACGACGUUCUCACGUCCACCCCUCUCGCUGGCCUGAAGCGACAUCGUCGUCGCACCCCCUCCACCUCUUCUAUCGAGCCGCGAGCGCUCCCACCUCUCCGCUGGCCCUACGCCAACUCGGCAGUCAAAAUCCGCGGUGUCUCGCUCGGCGGUUGGUUGGUCGUGGAAAACUUCAUCACCCCUUCCAUCUACGGUCAGACGAACAAUCCCCACAUUAUCGAUGAAUGGACCUUUGGCUCCCUCCAACCUCGCUCCACCGCCAUCCGCAUCCUCCAACAACACCUCAACAGCUUUAUGUCGGAGGACGAUAUUCGUCAGAUCGCCGCUGCGGGAUUGAACCAUGUUCGCAUCCCGAUUGGGUACUGGGCGUUUGAGGUGGGCAACGGGGAGCCGUUUUUGAAGUUAAACCAGUGGGAGUUGCUCAAGACGGCGGUGGGAUGGUGUGCGAAAUACGGGCUUAAGGUGUUGAUCGACCUGCAUGCUGCACCGGGCAAUCAGAAUGGGUUCGAUCACGGUGGACGACGUGGGGUCAAUGCUUGGGCGGGUAACGCGACGAAUGUGCAACGCACGGUCAACAUCCUCCAAACCAUGAGUAGGGAGUUCUCCCAACCGAAAUACGCGAGUUCAGUGACAGCGUUGGAGCUGCUCAACGAACCUGUGACGGAUCGGAACGUGGUGCUCGACUUCUACCAGCGCGCUUACGAGGUGGUUCGUUACCCCAACGGUCGAUCCUCCCCCCCAUCCCCCCUCUUGGUCGUCGUCGGUGACGAAUUCAUCAAUCCCGCCUUUAGCGACUAUUGGAACGACAAACUUCGUCCCCCAACCUACGAAGCUGUCAGCAUCGAUUCGCACAUCUACACCAUCUUCGAUGACAACGCUCUCCGUCUCUCCUCCCAGGACCGCAUCAAUUACUAUUGCAGUCUCAAACCUAAAUGGGCGGCAGCAAACAAUGUGCAUUGGCAAAUGGUGGGCGAGUGGACGCCCGCCUUCACCGACUGCGCCGGCGGCAUCAACGGUCGCAAUCGCGGCAGUCGCUACGAUGGCAGUCUCAAAGGGAGCCGCGGUCGCAUCAACAGUUGUGCCCAGCGAAGCGGCGAUGCGAGCACCUUCACGGCGAAAUACAAGAGACUGUUGGGAAGCAUGUGGGAGGCUCAGGUGGACGCGAACGAGGGUGGAAUCGGUUGGUUGAUGUGGACGUGGAAGACCGAAGCUAAGGCAGCGGAGGAUUGGAGUUACCAGAAAGGUUUGCAGUACGGAUGGAUCCCGAGGGACCCAACAAAGAGACCGAAUGGGAUCAGGUGCUGA